CCCCCAAGUCCGCGGCGGCCCGCGCCCCCUCUCCUCUCGCGAGAACACCCCCCAACCGGAGCGUGGAGCAGGGCGUCGUCCUGGGCGGGAAGUUAUGGGUUUUCCCCCGCACCCUCGUGGCCCGUGGCAGGCACCCGAGGCCCGGGAGCGGAGGCUCGCUGCCCUCCUCCGCGCGAGGCCGGGCCUGGGGCUUCUUCUCCGGCCCGCCACGCCUCCGGGGAGGUCGGGUCGGGCUCGUGAGGGGCCGGGACCUGAGGCCCUCGAGGUGGGCGGUGCCAUGUGGAGACGCGACCCUGAGAGCUUGGAGCUGGGCCGGAACCGACCCCACCCCUCAACACCUCUGGGGUCAGUCCAAAGCCUGGCACGGUUGCUGACUCCCGGGAGACCUUACCGUCCAUUCCAAGAACACCUCUCGGAAGGCCAUCUCAGAGCUUCCUACAGGGCCAUCCUGAAUUUAGCAGACUCUGCCAAUUGUUGUAUGAUGGUACUCCACACAGAGUGUAUGCUGAUUUCUCCUCUUCAUUGUCAUCACAUUCCAAUAAUAUGGAGAGCAACAGGACAGGAAUGUCCCUCCUUGGAGAGAAAACCCUCAUUCUUUGCUAAGCCAGGCCAUUCUCUCCCUCUUGGUUCUGCCACAGAAGUAGUACAGCCGCUAAUUUCCCAGUGUCCACAGAAUACCCUCACUGAGGGAACUGACACAUUCCAAGCCCUUUACAAGAUCCCACGGAAGCCCAUGGAAGCCUUCUGGCAUGAGCUGAAGAAGCAUCUUCCAUCCCCUCCCAGUUGGAGAAGUGACUUGCCUAUGGACAGACAAGGGACCCUGUUCUACCAGGAAGAUUCAAGGGAAUAACUAGAGAGGGUUUCUCUUCCUGAAUAAGAGGGAGCCUAGCAAGGACAAAACUCGCGCAUCUGCCCUUUCCUCCUUGCUGGAAUGCCAGUGAGAGAACCGAUGCCUGAAGCUUUGCUAGCCAACCCUGGUCUCCGAUCUGACAAAUAUGAGAAUGCAGAGCCAAUGCACAGAGGUGGUGGAAUAGAAGAAUGGAAAGAGUUUGGACCCUCGAGGGUAUCUUCCAGCUGCUGAACUGCGCUGAAGCCACCCAUCCUUCUAGACUCUUGUGAGACCAACAGUUAGGCCAUGGCUGAUUGUUUUUUCCUCAUGC